UGUGCACGCUGAAUUUACAUGGUUCUGCUUUGUGGACAACCAACGCCUCCUGGCCCAUGCUCUUUCAUUAUUAAUUUCUUCCUCCCACAAACAGAGUUUUGCAGCUCCAGAAAAUGGACCGACGCCUCCAGGAAAUCGUUCUGAGGUGGGACACCCACAGUUUUCUCAAACUAGCUCAAGAACAACAACACAUAAUCAAAGAAACCGCGACUGGAUCCCUAAAUACAAUCCUACACUUAGCUGCAAGUUUCGGACAUGUAGAAUUGGUGGCGGAGAUCGUCAAGUUGUGGCCAGAGAUGGUGGGAGAGGAGAACGAGAGGAUGGAGAAGCCAUUGCCCGAGGCGUGUAGAGAAGGAGGGAGGAUGGAGAUUGUUAGGCUGCUUGUGGAGACGGAUCCUUGGCUUGUCAACAAGGUGAACCGAGAUGAGGAGAGUGCCCUUUUGUUGGCGUGUGAGCCGGGGAGGGCGGACGUGGUUAAGCAUCUUCUAUUUUAUUAUCCAUGGAUGUUGAUGUUGGAGGUGGAUGCCUUGACUACUUCCCUCCAUGUCACAGCUUCAUCUGGGUAUACAGAAGUGGUAAAGGAGCUGCCGCAGCUACGGCGGACGGCCACAGCUGCACGCUUUGCACAUCGCUUGCAGCGAAGGCCACCUAGAGAUCACAAGAGAGCUGCUCCGCCUGGAUACCGACCUCUCCUCCUUACACGACAAUGUCGGCCGCACGCCGCUCCACUGUGCGGCCAUCAAAGGGCGAGUCAAUAUUCUCGACGAGAUGCUCUCCGUUCACCUCGAGCCCGCCGAGAUGAUCACUCAGCGUGGAUAGACGGUUCUGCACCUUGCCGUUAAAAAUAAUCAAUAAGAAGCGGUUCGCUAUCUUGUGGACGCCAUUAACACAUCUAAACUGGUGAAUUUGCUAGAUCAUGACGGCAACACCGUCUUACAUUUGGUGACUGCCGGAAAACUCAGCACGGUAAGACAAUGAUUAAAUCGUACUAGUCUUUUCUAGCAAAAAUUCCACUUUUAGCCUUCACAUUUUUUUUCUUCUCAAUUAAGCCAUUACUCACUU